AUGCUCGAGCAGUACAAGACGCUGUACUUAGCAGAAAAGCAGAAAAACCAGCAGCAGCCAUCGAUGCCGGAUAUUUGUGGCAGCAAAGGAGCAUACCCGAAAAUGAAGGCCGUCGAGAAUGCGGAUGAGCGUCCUGCAUCAUCAACCCCGAAGCCGACUGGGGAAAGGCAGGAUGACACCGAGAAGCUACACAAGCUGAUGUCGCAUUCAGCAACUGACGGAUCGGGAGAAGAUGUCCAAGCCGGCCAAAGGCCAACUACAGAUGGCGUAUUUGGGUUACGCCAAGGCAUCUUUCGGAGAAGCAACGUCCCAGCCGUUGGUAACGCGUCAUUUGCCACCGGAAUCCAGCGAACAAGAAGCCCAAAUGACACGGUACCUGAUGGUACACCUAUUGGGAGUGUUGACCAUCCAGCCGUUCUUCAGAUGCGGCCUGAACCCGCCAUAUUCCCAGUAGCAGUCGGUCCCACGCCUCAACAGCUUGCAGCUCGUCAAAUUCUACCCCGAGAUCUACCAAGCUUCUCCGGAAACCCCGCGGAUUGGCCUGUAUUCAUCAGCCAAUACACGUAUACGACCGAAGCGUGCGGCUAUAGUGACGGCGAGAAUAUGAUUCGCUUGCAGCGCUGCCUGAAGGGUGCAGCCUGGGAGGCUACAAGAAGCCGCCUGAUUCUCCCCGCUUCUGUACCCCACGUCAUUGAGUCGCUUCGUAUGCGCUAUGGGCGGUCCGAGCUGCUGAUUGAGUCGCUGAUUGAGAGGGUCAGGAGCACACCAAGUCCCAAAGCGGACAAGCUGGACACCAUCAUCGAGUUCGGUACGAAAAUUCAAACCUUGUGUGAUCAUAUCACAGCGGCGAACCUUUUGGAUCACCUCGGCAACCCGACCUUACUGAAGGAUCUGGUUGAAAAGCUGCCGGCGGAGUAUAAAAUGAGAUGGGCGACGUACCGGAGGAAUCGACCGCUGGUGAAUCUCCAAACGUUCGGCGAGUAUAUGGAGGAAGUCGUCGCCGAUGCAUGCAGCGUAUCGUCAUACGGAGGAAGUGAGAGCGAAAGGUUCGCAAAGCGUGAAAAGGGAAGGACACCCGACCGAACUCUUCUUCAUUCCGAUGCCGGGGGAAACAGUAACACGUUAGCGAAAAGUUACAGCAACCGGCCCAUAGAUUCCAGCAACAGCUUCGAGUGUGCGAUUUGCAAGAAGAUCGGACAUCGUGUGAGGGAUUGUACGACAUUCAAGGCACUAGCAAUCGACGAACGUUGGAAAAGGGUUCAAAGUCUCGGAUUAUGCCGAACUUGCUUGUACAACCAUGCCAGACGAUCGUGUCGUAUCACCAAUAGAUGUGGGGUGAACGGUUGUCUAACUCGUCACCAUCCCCUCCUACAUUCCACCCCAAAAGAUACAACGACUUCCAACGUGCCGGCACCACUGGACCACCAUUUCCAUAACCGAGACCUUCCAUCCUUGUUGUUCCGUAUAAUUCCUGUCGUUUUGUACAGCGGAGCGAACAAAGUAGCUACGUACGCUUUUCUGGAUGAAGGGUCCAAUAUUUCGAUGAUCGAACGGCAGUUAGCAGCGACGUUGAAGGUAACUGGCUACCGGCAUCCGUUGUGCCUUAAAUGGACUGGUAACGUGACGAGGGAAGAGAGUGAUUCGCAGCGGAUUACGAUAGAGAUUUCGGGCACCAAUCAACGAGCACCGAGGUAUAUUAUGACCGAUGUUGGAACCGUGGACUCCCUCGACUUGCCCAGGCAAAGUUUGCCGAUCGAGAAGCUAGCCGAAAGGUUCGGGAAUCUGCGAGGUCUGCCUAUUCAGGGGUAUCACAGUGUUACACCUCAGUUGUUGAUUGGAGUCGAUAACCUUAAACUGGCAGUCCCACUCAAGGUAAGAGAAGGCAACGUGGGCGGCCCGGUUGCCGUGAAAACAAGGCUUGGAUGGUGCGUAUACGGAGGUCAUCGGGAUGAAGGACAGCUGUCCGUCAACUACCACGUCUGCGAGUGUUCAGAUGGUGAUUCCCUUGACAAAAUAUUAAAAGCAUAUUUUUCGCUUGAAGAAGCUGGAAUACAACCGACCGGCGCCGGAGUAACUGCGGAAGAUGAGCGCGCCUUACAGAUCCUCGAACAAACUACCCACUAUGCCAAUAAUCGAUACGAAUCGGGUCUGUUAUGGAAAUACGACGAUUUUGAAUUUCCUGACAGCUACCCUAUGGCUGUCAAGCGGUUCGAAUGUCUGGAGCGCAGAUUGGCCAAAGAUCCAACACUCAACGAAAAUGUUCGGAAGCAGAUCCACGAGUACGAACAAAAGGGGUACGCACACCGCGCGUCACCUGAGGAGCUGAACACCGCUGACCUUCGUCGCGUGUGGUAUUUGCCGCUGGGAGCCGUUACCAACCCUAGAAAACCCGGAAAGGUGCGACUCAUCUGGGACGCCUCAGCAAAAGUUGAUGGCGUCUCUUUGAACAGUAUGCUACUGAAAGGGCCCGAUCAGAUGACACUUCUACCUGCGGUACUUUUCCGGUUCCGGCAGUAUCCAGUCGCCGUAAGCGCCGACAUCAAGGAAAUGUUCCAUCAGGUACGAAUUCGGCCAGAAGAUCGACAUUCUCAACGGUUUGUGUAUCGAGCUGACCCAACGGCGCCGCUGGAAACGUACCUGAUGGAUGUGGCCACUUUCGGAUCAACUUGCUCCCCCGCUACAGCGCAAUUCGUGAAGAAUACGAACGCCAACCGAUUCACACAGGAAUAUCCCAGGGCAGUUGAAGGAAUCAUCCACAACCACUACGUGGAUGACUACCUUGACAGCUUUGCUACUACUGAAGAAGCUGCUCAAGUCGCGUCACGGGUAAAAGAGAUCCAUCAACAUGGUGGAUUCGAGAUCAGAAAUUGGUGCAGUAACCAACGAGUCGUCUUGGAACAACUUGGAGAGGUCAAGAAACAAACCGUCAUCGAUCUUACCUCCGGUACCGAUAAACAGUCGGAACGGGUCCUUGGAAUUAUGUGGGAUACACAAGAUGACGAAUUCCGAUUCAGCACUUCUUUGCCCGACGAUAUAACCCACCUGCGAAUGCUUGACACCAAACCGACUAAACGGCAACUGGCGCGGUGCGUCAUGUCGUUUUUCGAUCCUCAAGGGUUUUUGGCGCCAUACCUGAUAUUCGGGAAAGUUCUGCUACAAGACACCUGGCGCGAAGGAAUUGGUUGGGAUGAACAGAUUUGCGAUGGAACGUUCGAGCGAUGGAAGCACUGGCUAGAGAUGCUGGACAUAAUCAACCAAGUGAACAUACCGAGAUGCUACUUCUCCAUGGGUGAUCUUACAACUCUGGACAUCCACACGUUCGUGGACGCAAGCGAAAUAGCGUAUUCGUGUGUUUCGUAUUUCCGGAUAGCGAAUCCCUACGGACCAGCAGAGGUGGCAUUCGUAGCAGCGAAGACCAAGGUAGCUCCCGUCAAACCAACAACCAUUCCCCGUCUGGAACUCAUGGCUUGCGUACUCGGAGUACGGCUAGCCAAAUUCGUGGUCGAUGGACAUUCUCUUCCAGUUCGGAAACAAUUCUUCUGGAGUGACUCCGAGGUCGCAAUGAGUUGGAUUAACGCGGAUCCCCGGAAGUAUCGUCCUUUUGUUGCUUUCCGAGUAGGCGAAAUUUUGGAAAAAUCUAACCGCGAGGAAUGGCGCUGGGUGUCAUCCAAGCUAAACCCGGCCGACGAAGCAACCAAGUGGGGAUCAGGACCGUAUUUCGACAAGAACAGUAUUUGGUACAGCGGACCUGAAUUUCUUCGUCACUCUGAACUCCAAUGGCCACCGAGGAAAACCUACGAUAAGGUGACGGACGAUAUACGCGUCUGCUAUGCUCAUCGCAAUCUAGAAAUACCAGAGCAAUUGCUGGACGUCGAAAGGUUCUCUUCAUGGAAAAGGAUGUUACGUGUGAUGGCCUAUGUUUGCCGAUUCGUGAACAAUUGUCGAACGUCAAAUACUGGUCAAGAGCGGAAAAUCGAUCACCUGACGCAGUUGGAGUUGCAGAAAGCUGAGGAAUGCUUAUUUCGAGCUGUGCAAUGGGAUUCGUACGCGGACGAACUAGUUAUUCUGACCAAGAACCAACGCCUACCAGUGCAGAAGCGCCAACCAUUGGAAAAGACAAGCGCUCUCUACAAAAUAUCGCCGAUACUAGACGCAGCGGGAGUUUUGCGGAUGGACAGCAGGAUUAGUGCAGCUCAACGUAUCCCUGCUGAAAUGAAAUUCCCUGUCAUCUUGCCGAAGCGACAUCGCUUGACCAUGUUGCUUCUGAAGGAUCUUCAUUGCAAGUUGUUGCACGCCAACAAUGAAGCUGUCGUCAAUGAAGCACGGCAACGCUAUUACAUAGCGCAUCUACGGACACAAGUACGACGAGUGUCGAAGGAAUGUCAGAUGUGUAAGAUACGCAAUGCGCAGCCAUCAAUACCGCGAAUGGCUCCCCUUCCAAGUGCUAGGCUAUCCUCUUACGUUCGUCCUUUCACUUACUGUGGUCUCGACUACUUUGGACCCCUGUUGGUGAAGGUCAACAGAAGUCAUGUCAAGCGUUGGGUGGCUAUAUUCACAUGCCUAACAAUACGGGCCGUUCAUGUGGAAGUUAUCCACACGCUUUCAACCGAAUCAUGUAUCAAAGGGGUACGCAGGUUCAUCUCUCGCCGGGGAAGUCCCGCCGAAAUCUACAGCGACAACGCUACUUGUUUCCAUGGCGCCGACCGUCUUCUGAGGGAGCAGAUCAACAAAGGACUUGCUGCGGAAUUCACCAGCACCCAAACCUCAUGGAAGUUUAUUCCUCCAGGCACUCCACACAUGGGGGGAGCCUGGGAGAGACUGGUGAGAUCGAUUAAGGUUGCUCUGGCCACACUCCAAGACGGUAGCCAGAAAUUGGACGACGAGUCUUUACUGACUUUUUUGGCGGAAGCAGAAGGUAUCGUCAACUGCAGACCACUCACAUACCUGCCUCUGGACUCGAUCGAGCAAGAGGCCUUAACCCCGAAUCAUUUUUUGUUGGGCAGUUCUUCGGGGGUUCGUUUACCAAUUGUGCAGACAGACAACGAAGUAUCUCUUUUGAAAGGUUCGUGGACAGCCAUUCAGAAAUAUCUGGACAUCUUUUGGAGACGCUGGACUAGGGAAUAUCUCCCAACUCUAACAAAACGCACGAAAUGGUUUGGCGAUGUGAAACCUGUCCAACCCGGGGACCUGGUCCUGAUAAUUGAUGACACCAAGCGCAACGGAUGGAUACGUGGACGGGUACUAGAGGUAUUAACAGCCAAGGAUGGACGAGUACGCCAAGCUAUUGUGCAGACUGCUGGAAGUGCACCUGCUAGGAAACCCAUUUCAAAAUUGGCGGUUCUGGAGGUAUUCAAGGAUGCUGGAACCAAGGACAUCAUAGGUUCCACCAGGGGGGAGGAUGUUGCGAAACUGGCAACCCAGUCAGGGCGAAAUCGGAAUGAGCGAAUCCUUGACAGAUCCGAAGAAUGACAUCAGGAACGUCAGGUGGAGAUUUAGGCAAACAGUACCUAGAUGAAUCGAUGCGAUGACGUGGUGAUUUCUAGUGCUUCGUACAGAAUUUGUAUUCGAUGAAAAUUGCUGAAUUUGUAUUUGAUAUUUGCUGAUAAUUUUGAUAUGUGCUCUGGAAUAGUGGCAGGUGUGCUUGACACAGGUGUUAGUUAGGUGCAUAGAUAGAAUUAAGAUAGAUUUCUUGAAUUUCAGGUCAAUAGCUACCACAUAUCACCUUCUGAAAUCUAACCUACAACUUUGGGUACAUAGGAGUGUUUUUUGAGAAUUUAUAGUUGUCCAGCCAAUUCUAUAAUUCGUAUAGGCGAAGACAGCGACAUUGUUGGGAAUACGGUUUGAUUUUGAUAUACGCACUGAAAUUGUAAGUGAGCACUUUACCCAUAGUUUAAACCCCACUCAUUAAUAAAAUUUAUGUUUUAGCUUGUAGCUAAUGCUAACGAGAUUCAGCGUCCCAUCUCAAUAUUCCCCAACAGUUCCUAUGGAAAAUCUUGCAGAAAUUCCAUCAAAAAUUCAAAAAUUCUGUUAUUAAAAAAAAACUCCUCCAAAGAUAAAUCCAAUUCUUUUGUCUCAAAAUUUGUCUAGGAAUUUCACCAGAGCUACCUCAAGGAUUGCCUCCAGUAAUUCCCCAGAGAUAACUUUGAGAAAUUGUUUCAGAGAAUUCUGUACAGGAAUC